AGAGAAGCUGUGCUAAACUUUCUGUUUCCAUAUCUACCUUGUUUAGUAAUAGAGGAGCUUGUUCAACAUGAGUGUGAGUCUGAGUGAGCAGUAUGAGGAGAAGGUGCGGCCCUGUAUUGACCUGAUAGACUCUCUGCGGGCUCUGGGUGUGGAGAAGGACCUGGCACUGCCCGCUAUAGCCGUGAUCGGUGAUCAAAGCUCGGGCAAAAGUUCAGUACUGGAGGCGCUGUCUGGGGUGACACUGCCCCGCGGGAGUGGUAUCGUGACUCGAUGUCCACUGGAGCUGAAGAUGAAGAGGAGCGAGGAUGAGGAUGUGUGGCACGCAAAGAUCAGGUACCAAAAUCACGAGGCAGAGAUUAAAGAUCCAGCAGACGUGGAGCAAAUGAUCAGAGAGGCUCAAAAUGAAAUAGCCGGCGUCGGCGUCGGCAUCAGUGACGAACUCAUCAGUCUAGAGGUGACGUCGUCAGACGUUCCUGACCUAACGCUUAUCGAUCUGCCUGGCAUUGCCCGCGUAGCGGUAAAAGGGCAACCUGAGAACAUCGGGGAACAGAUCAAGAGGCUGAUCUCAAAGGUCAUCGCAAGGCAGGAAACCAUCAACCUGGUGGUGGUGCCGUGUAACGUGGACAUAGCCACCACCGAAGCACUGAAGAUGGCACAGGAAGUUGAUCCAAAAGGCGAGAGAACCCUUGGCAUCCUAACGAAGCCCGACCUGGUGGAUAAAGGCACGGAGGAGACGGUGGUGUCCAUCGUUCAUAACGAGAUCGUCAACCUGACCAAAGGCUACAUGAUCGUCAGGUGUCGAGGACAGAAGGAGAUCAAGGACCGGGUCCCUCUGAGCGAAGCCACUGACAAGGAGAAGGACUUCUUCAGAGAUCACCCGCACUUCAGCAUGCUGUAUGAGGAAGGUAAAGCCACCAUCCCCAAACUGGCUGAGAAACUCACGCAGGAACUCGUCCAUCACAUCGAGCGGUCUCUGCCGCGGCUGGAGGAGCAGAUCGAGAAGAAGUUGGCUGAAACUCAGGCCGAACUGGAGCGCUAUGGCUCCGGACCCCCCACAGAUCCAGAAGGGCAGAUCGCCUUUCUGAUAGACAAAAUCACAGCAUUCACUCAUGACAUUGUGAACCUGAUGACCGGAGAGGAGCUGAGGAACGUGCAACACUUUAACAUGUUCUCAGAACUCCGUUGUUACUUUGCACAAUGGAAGGAUCAAAUAGAUUCAUUUGGACAGAAGUUCAACCAAAGAUUUGAGGAUGAAGCGGGGGACUACGAGAUGAAAUAUCGAGGCCGAGAGCUCCUAGGCUUCAUCAACUACAAAACCUUUGAGAUGAUGGUGAAGGGGCAGAUCAAGCAGCUUGAGGAACCUGCCAUCAAAAUGCUAAAAAAGACCUCAGAGCUCAUUAGGAAACGCUUACUCCAGCUGGCUCAGAACAGCUUCGGGGGCUUCCCCGACCUCAUCAAAACAGCAAAGAACAAGAUGGAGAACAUAAAGCAGCUGAAGGAGACGGAGGCCGAGGCGACGUUGAGGACUCAGUUUAAGGUGGAGAUGAUCAUCUACACCCAGGACAGCAUAUACAGUAACUAUCUGAGUAAUAUAAAAAAUAAAGAUGAUCAAGAGAGCCUUAGGGCUUCUGCAGUUCUGCAAUCCAAACAGCUCAGUUCCAGUUCUUGGCUUAAAUACUAUGAUAACGAAGCUUCUCUUUGGGAACUGAUGCGCCACCUCAAGUCCUACUACGACAUCGUGAAUAAGCGUCUGGCUGAUCAGCUGCCGCAGCUGGUGAUGUAUCUGCUGCUGCAGGAGUUGGCCACGCAGCUGCAGAGAGAAAUGCUUCACCUCGUCCAGGAUAAAAACAACAUCGAGCAGCUGCUGAAAGAAGACCGCGACAUCGAAAACAAGCGCACCAACCUGGAGCGCCGCGAGAAGCGUCUGAAGGAGGCCCGCAGCUACCUGUUCAAGUUUUAGGAUCCAUCGUGUGGUCACGUUUAGGGCCCGUGUUGGUUACUGGAUUGUGUUUGUUACAGGCUCAAUGAAUGUUGCGAUCGACACAAAAAAUUAGUUACGGUUUUGAGAAUAAAGUCGAAAUGAGGGAUGUUGAGGAUUUGGUAAAGUUCUGCAUAUGUAUUGGUUUAAAAAUUAAAACCUCCUGCACAUCAGCACCAGUGUGUUAAAAGCUUGGCAAGAAACUGCAUUUAUUUAGAAGAAGCAGACAACGUUUGUUGAAUCCGAAUUUGCCGGUCGUGGCGUCUGAGCUAUGAUGCUCCCUUUCGGCCCUGCUUCUCUAAAAUGGCAGCCUUAUGAUUCUAUGGUCAUCCUCCACAUUUCUGUCCAUAACAUUUCAACUUUAUUUUCAAAAUCAUUUCCACUUUACUCUCUAAAUCAAAAAUGAACAGUGGCCCUAAUAUGCUGUGGUAGUAUUAAUCUGUAGCUGCUUUAUUAUUGCUGUAAAGCUACAACUGUUUUACACAACAACGAUAUCAAUGUUACAUAUCUAUCAGUAUUCAUCUGACUGUAUCUGAUAUUAAAGGUCAGAUGUAGCUGUUAUUAAAGAUAUAGUAUAGUGCAGGGGUGCACAAUUACAUUACACAAAACAUACAAGGGAAACUGGGACUGUUGUGGAGGGCUGGACCAACAGGCUAAACCUGAUUGUGCUCAAUAUUAAUUGAAUCUGUUUAUAUAAUACAAUCCUGUUUUUUUAAUGUUAGGGAUAAUUUUUGUUUCUUAUUUUUUCUCGGCUUGUCAUCAUGUCAGCCGUUCUGUUGAGUAUUAUUUGUGUAAUGUUUGGUGACACCACUGACUGACGUUACAUGACUUAAGAUUUGGCAGUAUUUACUUUCGCUUGCGGGUUGUUGGUUUCGUAAAAACAUUUCCUAAAAAUGUUGAGGGUUUAUCGGGAAACAUUUGUUUAUUGGUGAAUUAACUGAAGUAAAACAUCAUAUCAAUCUGUCGUUCUUGUUAGCAUAUGACUACUAAACUGUAUUUUUUUCGAAAAUUAGUGACCAUGAAGUUCGUGAACCUGGUUUCAGUGCCAGAAGUGACACGUUUCCACCAAAAAAGGCAAAACUUACAAGCAAAGCAUUUAACAACGAGUGGUUAUCAGACCCAUAAUUAAAAGACUGGAUAAGAUUGGACAGGACAUAUGGAAUAAAAGACACAAUGUUUAAUCAUGUCAACAAAUGAUUGUUUGACUGUUUUACAAAAGUAUUUUUGUCAUAAAGAAACAUGCAGUUGUUAGUUCUGAGGUUUGAACUUAGUUUUCUUAAUCUGGGUUUUUCUGGGGUUUUUUUUACUUAAGAAAUUUGUGCUGUUUUUUUUUUUUUUAAAGUCCAGUAGCAACACUGGUUAAAAUGUGAACAGAAGAAUAAUAAAGAAAGCAAUGUUA